AUGCAAUCCAUAUUUACACGGGGCUUUGCCGCGUCAACUCGACGGCAUGCAAUCAACAAGGUCUUCCCCUCCGUCAGUGAGGCUCUCAAAGACAUGAAGAGCGAUUCCACCGUGUUGUGUGGAGGCUUCGGCCUUUCUGGUGUACCCAACACUUUGAUCCAAGGUGUUCUCUCGAAACCUGACAUCAGCGGCCUAACUGUCGCGUCGAACAAUGCCGGCACGGAUAACGCCGGACUGAGCAAACUGAUAAAAUCUCGACAGAUCAAGAAGAUGAUCUCGAGUUAUAUUGGAGAUAACAAGACCUUUCUUGAUGCCUUCUUGACGGGGAAGAUUGAAGUCGAGCUCACGCCGCAGGGCACACUCGCAGAGCGUUGUGCGGCCGGCGGCAAAGGUAUCCCGGCGUUCUAUACUCCUGCAGCCACCGGGACCAUCGUUCAAACAGGAGAGUUGCCAUUGAAGCAUACUGAGAAUGGAGAAGUUCAGCAAUGGAGUCCACCGAAACCCGUAGCCGUGUUCAAUGGCAAGCAGUAUUUAUUAGAAGAAAGCAUCAGCGGCGACUACGCGUUUGUCAAAGCCUGGAAAGCAGACCGGUUAGGCAACUGUCAGUUCCGCUUGGCAGCACAGAAUUUCAAUGGUGCUAUGGGACGUAACGCAAAAAUCACGAUUGUCGAAGCUGAGCAUAUCGUCGAACCCGGGGAGAUCGCCCCCGAAGCUAUCCACCUCCCUGGAAUCUAUGUGAAGCGCGUGAUCCAGAGCACAGAGGAAAAGGGAAUCGAGAAAUAUACAUUUACCAAGGAAACCUCCGAUCAGGCUCAGGUCCUGGGCUCAGGGGAGACCGCCGCCAAGCGGGAAAGGAUCGUGCGCCGAGCAGCCAAAGAAUUCCAAAACGGCAUGUAUGUCAAUCUCGGGAUCGGAAUGCCGAUGCUCGCUCCUGCCUUUGUAUCUCCUGAUGUCGAAGUGCAGCUGCAAAGCGAGAACGGAAUCCUAGGCCUUGGCCCAUAUCCUCGCGAGGGUGAAGAGGACGCAGAUCUCAUCAAUGCCGGUAAAGAAACAGUGACACUCAACCCUGGUGCUUCCGUUUUCGGCUCCGAGGAAAGUUUUGGCAUGAUUCGAAGCGGCCGCAUUGAUCUCACGCUCUUGGGUGCGAUGCAAGUCAGCGCUGUGGGCGACUUGGCUAACUGGAUGGUACCGGGCAAAAUCAAGGGGUUUGGUGGUGCUAUGGAUCUCGUUAGCAACCCGAGCGAAACGAGGGUGAUUGUGACGAUGGAGCAUACGGAUAGGAAGGGCAACUCGAAGAUUGUCAAGAGCUGCAACUUGCCGCUCACUGGCAAAUCCUGCGUUUCGAGAAUCAUCACCGAUUUAGGUGUUUUCGAUGUGAAUCCAGGACAGGGCCUUGCAUUGAUUGAGAUUGCCGACGGUGUCACUGUUGAUGAGGUCAAGUCAAAGACAGAAGCGCCGUUUACAGUUGACUCUAACUUAAAACCAAUGCUGUAA